UCUAACCUUUGUUCGGGCCGCUCAAAAGACGCUAGCUGUCGCACCUGUACCUCUCCGCGCGAGAUUUUUCUCUGAGACAAGACUCUAAGAGAUUCUCCUUGAAUCAGUUCCAGAUAGAGGAUUAAUCUUCUGAAAAACAGCCCAGAAUGGCCACAUCCCUGGAACCUGAGGAACAAAAAGGACUUUUAAUAGUUAAGGCAGACCAUUAUGGGGGACAGGACUCCAUCUCACAAAAGUACAGUCCUCACAGAAGGGAACUCUUCAGGCAGCACUUCAGGAAGCUCUGCUAUCAGGAUGCACCUGGACCCCGUGAAGCUCUUACCCAGCUCUGGGAGCUUUGCCACCAGUGGCUGAGCCCAGAAUGCCACACAAAGGAGCAGAUUUUAGACCUGCUGGUGCUUGAACAGUUCCUGAGCAUUCUCCCUAGGGACCUGCAAGCAUGGGUGCAGGCACACCAUCCAGAGACUGGAGAGGAGGCGGUGACUGUGCUGGAGGAUCUGGAGAGAGAGCUUGAUGAACCUCGAAAGCAGGUGGUCCCAGCCAAUUCAGAAAGACAGGACACACUUUUGGACAAGUUGGCCCCCUUGAGAAGGCCACAUGAGUCACUGACUAUCCAGCUCCAUCACAAGAAGACCCAGCAGGAGCAGGAAUCUGGGGAGCCCCAAAGGAAUGAUGAUAAAACCAAGACUAAGAAUGAAGAGUUGUCCCAGAAGGAAGAUAUACCCAAAGACAUGGAAUUCCUUGGGAAAAUAAACAACAGACUUACCAAAGCUAUUCCUCAGUAUCCUGAAUCCAAAGAUGCUAUUGAAAGUGAAGGCAGAUUCGAAUGGCAACAGAGGGAAAGAAGACGCUAUAAAUGUGAUGACUGUGGAAAAAGUUUCAGUCAUAGCUCAGACCUUAGUAAACACAGGAGAACUCACACUGGAGAGAAGCCCUAUAAAUGUGACGAAUGUGGAAAAGCCUUCGUUCAACAUUCACAUCUCAUUGGACAUCAUAGAGUACACACUGGAGUGAAACCCUAUAAAUGUAAAGAAUGUGGGAAAGAUUUCAGUGGGCGCACAGGUCUCAUUCAGCAUCAGAGAAUCCACACAGGUGAAAAACCCUAUGAAUGUGAUGAGUGUGGGAGGCCCUUCCGUGUAAGUUCAGCCCUUAUUAGACAUCAAAGAAUUCAUACAGCAAAUAAGCUCUACUAAUAUGGUGUAAGUAACAAAAGUUAGACACUCAGGCCUAAUUAGUUAUCAGAGAAAUCUGCCUUGGAGACCUUGAGUAUCCUGAUGUAGGCAAAGCCUCAAUCAUCAUUAAAAAUUUCUCUGGCACCAGAGAAUCUACCUGAGUAAAAUUUCCUUUUAUUUCUAAAGUAGUUCAGUUUCGUGGAAGGAACUAAGAGUUAUUUCAGAAAGCCUUGUCCACUGCCAGCAUUGCUCACUUGCAGCCCAAGAUAACCAUGUUUCCUGGUUGAAAGAUGUGAAUUCUACCUCUCGACUCUGGCUCCUUUUUCCUUGACCACUCAGGGUAUGACUUUAGGCAAGACAUUCAUAUUUUCUCUGCCUUCAUUUUCCCAUUCUGUAAAGUGCAGAUGAUAUAAUAGAAGCCCACCAGGUAUGCUGUAUUAAGUUAAAAUAGAUGAAAACUGCUUUUGAAAUUAAGAACUAAAACAAUACUAUUUUUCCCCAUCAUUAGUGAUAUAAUGGCCUAAAUAUCCCUUAUCUUAAAGUAGGGAAUAUAAUAAUUUUGUGGAAUAUUUUGCUUUGCCAAUGAUUAAAAAAUGAGGAAACCACCAGAAAAGAUAGCAGGCUAAGAAAAACAUUAAAAUGGAGAGGAAAGCAAUAAGUCAUCAGUGGGAGCUGCUGGGAAGGGGGAUGAUGGAGUGUGUUAGGGAUCUGUAACUUUGGAUAAGUCACUUCUUUUCUGAAUCUCAGGUCAUUUAAACUGAGGGAGAUGGGGAGAGGUUGGUCUAGAACUGCACUGUCCAAUAUGGUAGCCAGUACCCACAUGUGGCUAUAUACAUUUAAACUUAACUGAAAUAAAGUGGAAAAUUCAGUUCCUUGGUGACAUUAGCCACAUUUCAAGUGCUCAAUAGCCACGUGUGGCUAGUAGCUAAAAUAAUGGACAGCACAGAUCCAUUUUUUAUCACUGCAGAAACUUCUCAAGGACAUUGCUGUUCAAUCAUUGGUAAGGUACCUUCCAGCUUUGAUACAUGAUUCUGAGUUCAGGAAGGUAGCAAAAGAGAUACCUGAAGAGGCUGUAAUAGCAAUAGGAGAUAAAAUACAACACCUUAAAACAAAGUAAUUUAGUAAAAAUAACUUUGUGGUACUUUUUCAGCCUUAGAGAGUGUAUUGUAAUUGGAGAAAGAUGAUUAUUAAGUAAGUAGAAUAACCUAAUAAUCAAAAUUGAAAGCUUAACUUACUACCUCAUCUCUAUAAAAAGAGUGUAAUUACCUUUACAAGGUAACAUCCUCUGUCAGUUACCCUAUACUAGUGAGAAACUGGGACUCUCAGGACACUAAUACUUUAAGACACAGUGAACAAUUUAGUUUUUCUUUUUCUUUUGGCUUCUGAAUGUAUUAGCAUUUCAUGAACGUAUUUGCGACAGUUUUACAUCACUAGUUUGAGAAUUUUAUAGCAUGACAGGAAUUGUGACCAAAGGCCAACACAUUCGAAUUUACAACACCAUCAAACUGCCACGAACCACUGAUUCUAGGAAUACCCAUCACCAAAAUGAUCAGUAAGUGAUCUAAUCUCUUACUGAAGACAUUAAUUACACAUACUUGCUUUGAGAGUAGGAAAAGCACCAGAAUCAUUUUGUGUCUACUACUAUUGGAAGAUGACUCUUAAAUCAUUCCUCAUAACACCAUAAACUGAGCUUCUAUGUCUUUUGAACAUAAUGCUCCUUUUAAAAAAAAAAUUUAAGUUUACUUUGAAUGUAUACAUCAACUGAUACAAAUAUUUUAAGACAUCAAGUUUCACACUCAUACUUGUUUUUUCGCUUAUCUGAGCACUAUUUCAAAACAUUUGAAACAAAGGAUUUUUUAAUGAUCAUGAAAAGUAAAGUAUUAAAUCUUUAGUAUUAGAAACAUCCUUAUCUAAAAAAUAAAGUUAGGUGCUUAAUGAAUGAUAGCUUUUCCCCCUUUACCUUCAGUCUUGCUAAAAAACUGUCAUGUGUAGAAGCUGUUUACAGUCUUUAAAGGGGAAACUCAUGUCUCUGAUCUUAUCCUUGAAUUUAGAGUCUUCUGCAAUGGUAAGAAAGAUGAUCCUGGCUACCACAAGAUUAAGUUUCCUCAAAUGGAUAAAAACGAUGACAGACUGAUUUUCCUCUAACGUACUCUGUAUGACUGAACAUUCUAUUCAGGUAGUAGUUUUGAAUACCUGUUGUGUAUAAAGAAUUGUUUUAGUCUUAGAGUCGUACACCCUCAAAGUCUGAGUGAAGAGUAGUUUGGAGCACUGAGACUAUGCUACCCUUUUUAGUCUGGUGUUGAUUCCAAAUUGCCACCACAGUGUCCGCCAUCUGAUCUUGACCAGAGGGGCAAGGAUAAGAGUCAGAGAGGUACAGAAAGAUUUGGGGCCAGAGACAGCCUGGAGUGAUAGUGGCAAGAGAAGAAAGUCCAGUGGGACCUGGGAUAACUGCUGGCAUAAGGCAAAGGAGGCAUGAGGUUGAAGGAGAUCUAAGUAGUUGUUAGUAUUAUGAAGGAUUAGGCAGUGUCCUAGUAAGUCUGUAGAAACGCACAAAACAAUUGGUGAGGAUGCAAGCAGUUGGAAAGAAGAGCUCUGAGUUCAAUCACAGCCACAGUUAUUGGAAAAGAAGGUGUAAUAUGUUAGACACCGUAAUCAGAACCACUGAGUUCUAGCAGAGAGCCAUCCUGGAAUGAUGGCACCUGCUCUAAAAGAACCCUAAACAUGGAAGGCAGUUUCUCAAAUAGUUGUGUCAAAAACAUAUGCAUCACUCCUCCCAAAUUUUUUGGAGGGUUUUUCUUUUUUUUGGAGGGAGGCAACAACUUGUAGUUUGUAGUUUUCAUGAACUAGUAGAACAGACAGUGAUUUUAAGAGGCACCUAAAGGGAGUAUGGGGGUAGUUCUUUCAGAUACAGUUGGGGAAUGGUGGUUAAACUGGUGAUUUUGAAUGAGGAGCCAACAGCUAUAAAGGGAGGAAACAGAUGAGAGUUGGGGUAGGAGGGGAUGUCGGAGGUAUGCACGGGCCUUGGUGAAGAGGGGGGAAACAAGAUAGAGGAGAAGUGGAUGGAACAAAAAGAGAAUGAUAAAAAAGGAACAAGGGUAUAGGGAAAGGAACAAAGAGAAAAUAAGAGAUGGUGAUACAGAAAGAAAAGAGUGACAAGUAAUUCUAAUAUUGACAUCAAUUAUAAUUGAGACAGUGGGUUAUAUACCACAGCCAUACAAAGGUGAACAGAUCAGCUUAUCCCAAAGUCAUCGAGUCUUACAUGCACAGCACAUAUUAUUUAUGUUAUCUUUAUUGAAUGGGUCUACUAUCUCAUUCUGAGCAUAAAAUUAUUUCUUUAUAGUCUAAUCAAAAAGUCCAUCAACAGUGAAACUGCUAGAAACUUUGAAAUGCUUCAAAACAACCUGUUCUCCCCUUAGUAAUAUCACAAGGCAAUUAGACUAAGGUUCUAAAAGAAUAGAUCUCUCAGUCUUUCUUACUCAAAUCCUCUAGAGCACAGUUUCUCAACCUUGGUUUCAUUGACAUUUUCAGCCAAACAAUUCCUUGCGGUGGGGGGCUGUCCUCUGCAGUGUGGGAUGUUUAGCAGCAUCCCUGGCCUCUACCCCCUGGAUACCAGCAGCCCCAACUUGUGACAAGCAAAAAUUUCUUAAGAGAUGCAAAUAUUCCCUGAGGGACAAAAUCUCUCCCCCGCCCUGCCAGCCCAGUUGAGAACCACUGCUCUAUAGGAAAAUAAUCUGAUUUCCAUGACCGUUCCACGUCAUACACAAUAAGAUUCAACUUAGAAAUGUUAUAUAUGACUAGCACUGUUAGACCCUUUUACUACCCCACAAAAUGAUUCCCAGGGUACCUAAAAUCUAUGCAGCAGUCAUGCUAAAGAAGUAGUCUACUUUAGGAAGUCAUACCUCACUUACUUUUGAGCACCACAGGAAUCUGUCCGCAAGUGUGACUUGCAUAAAGAGCUUACAUUGCAUUUUUCUAGACCUUCUUCUUCCCUCUAUACCAUACUUCUGCUGCUACCCUCUCCUUUGCCCCUUGACCCAACCACAAAUAGACACUUUAUCCUUGAUCUGCACUGUCCAAUACAUUAGCCACUAGGUACAUGUGGCUAUCGAGCACUUGAAAUGUGGCUAUGCAACUGAGGAACUAAAAUUUUUUCACUUUAAUUUAAAUUUAAAAACUGAUACUCAAUUCAGUUAUUGGAAAACCUUUAAGUAUGUUUGGAGUAUUUCGGGUAUAGGAAUCUAAUUUUGCCAUUCAAAAUUUUAUGUAAUCUCAAUACAGAUCAAGUAUUUCCAAUGAAAAUUUAAUAACUGAAUUGAGAUGUGUAGUAAGUAUAGACACACUGGAUUACAAAGACUUAGUA